AUAUUUUACAGUUGUUUAAAAAACUGCUGAGAAGGGCGGUUUCAGAGGUAACUAGGUAAACGGAAGUAGAAACGGUAGAUUAGUUGACCUAAACAUGGCGCCUUUGCUGGAUCACAAAAUUGGCGACGCUAUGUUAUCUUCUUUACCUUGGCGAUCAAAAUCUAAUCUCUUGACAUGUUCACUCGUUUUGCUUAUUUACCUGACGUCGCAUCCAUCCUUGGCCAAACCGAGCAGCCUCAAAGAGAUCACGGACGGAAACUGGGAAGACAUCUUGGCAGGGGAAUGGAUGAUUGAAUUUUUUGCCCCGUGGUGUCCGGCGUGCCAACAGCUCCAGCCCGUGUGGAAUGAGUUUGCCGACUGGGGUGAGGACAUGGGCGUCAACAUAGCGAAGGUGGACGUUACUGAACAGCCUGGUUUGAGCGGGCGAUUCAUCAUCACUUCACUUCCGACCAUCUACCACUGUAAGGAUGGUGUGUUCAGGAGGUACCAGGGGGCUCGCACCAAAGAUGACUUGCUAAGCUUUAUUGAUGAGAAGAAGUGGCAGGGCAUUGAGCCCGUGUCUUCCUGGUUUGGACCAUCUUCCUUCAUGAUGAACACAAUGUCCGCUCUCUUCAAGCUGUCAAUGUUCAUUCGGCGUUGCCAUAACUACCUGAUAGAGCAUUUGGGGAUUCCAGUGUGGGGCUCAUAUGUCAUCUUUGGACUGGCCACUCUCUUCUCUGGCCUAGUCCUGGGACUGAUACUGGUGUUCAUUGCAGAUUUUGUCUUCCCAUCACGACGAUUUAACUCCCCAAACUACUACCAGAAGAAACAGACAAUGGAACAAGCCAGGCUGAUUCAGCAGCUGGAGGAGGAGCAGGAGGCGGACGGAGAAGAGGAUGAUGAGGACGAUGAAUAUGGAGAACAGGACGAUGUCUGGAGGAGGAGGAGAGCGUCUCCCGAGGGGCGUCCAGAGGAGGUGCUGCGAAAAAGGGUGGUGGGCAACCGUGAGGACCAGGAUGAGGACUCCUAGAGGCCUGGAGGGGAACUGAAGAUGCCCCUUCAAACAGCGAGCCUGGUUUGGGGCCUAAGCUCAUUUUUAUAAAGUGCCUCAGAAUAGGAGUACUGAUCUAGGAUUUUUAGAUCAUGAUAACUAAGAUGACAUGGACAGGUGGAACUGAUCCCAGAUCAGCACUCUCAUUCUGCGGUGCUUUAUGAACACGGGACCUGGUCCUGAGCAGCAGUAGAGUUUACAGCUUACAGAGCCAUAGCAACACGCUGGCAAGGCCUCGGCGACGCCUUGCUUCUUCUCCCUUCAGCUUCACCAGGAGUGCCCCGUAUUCUGACCGCUCUCACCACCAGCACCCUCCCCUGGACUGGAGGUGCUACUGCACACGCCCAACACCAUUAUCAUGUUCUUUAGGCAUCAAAUGAAGGUAAACAGACUGGAACAGGAAGUGUUUAUCCAUGUCCAAUAUGAAAUUCUCCUUUUUCAUUCUCCGUUGGUAAAGAUUUUUACAAAAAUUGUCCCUAAUGAACACAAACCUGUUCAUCCUGGUUCUUUUGAAACGGAUCAAUUGGGUGGUUAGGUGAGGUUUCAAGGAAAAUUCCACCCCAAAUUAUUUUUUAGUUUUAUUAGUCCAUUGUUGACAGUCCCAAAAUAUGUGUAACUUUCAAAAUCCAGAAAUCAUCUCCGUGAGAUGCAUUUUGCCUCAUAUGAUACAAACUGCAUCAUGCGGGGAUGAUUGCUGUAUUUUGAAAGUUGCAUAUCUUGAAAACUUGAGUGCUGACAGGUAAAAUGUUUUGUGACUUUGUCAGCAAUGGACUAAUGAAACAAAUCCCUGCGGAUCGUGUUUGGGUGGAGUUUACCUGACGGUAUGGAGGGCACUAGAACAGGAUCAUUUUACCGCUUUGUGUGCUAUGCAUUUCUUAGGUUUUUAUUCUAUUCCUCAUUAAUCCCUGUUCAACAAAUUAUAUACAGCUCUUGAUCAUUAUUUCAUUGUACACUGUGUGUCCAAAACAUUAGGAAAACUUUCCUAAUAUUGAGUUUCACCCCCUUUUGAACUCAGAACAGCCUCAAUUGGUCAGAGUGUGAACUCUAUAAGGUGUUGAAAGCGUUCCACAGGGAUGCUGGCCCAUGUUGACUCCAAUUCUUCCCACAGUUGUGUCAAGUCGGCUGGAUGUCCUUUGGGUGGAGGACCAUUCUUGAUACACACAGGAAACAGUUGAGUGUGAAAAACCCAGCAGCGUUGCAGUUCUUGACACAAACCUGUGCGCCUGGCACCGACUACCAUAUCCCAUUCAAAGGCACUUAAAUCUUUGGUCUUUCCUAUUCACCCUCUGAAUGGCACACAUACACAAUCCAUGUCUCAAUUGUCUCAAGGCUUAAAAAUCCUUCUUUAACCUGUCUCCUCCCCUUUGUCUACAAUGAUUGAAGUGGAUUUAACAAGUGACAUCAAUAAGGGAUCAUAGCUUUCACUUUUAUUCACCUGGUCAGUCUGUGUCGUGGAAAGAGCAGGUGUCCUUAAUGUUUUGUCCACUCAGUGUAUAUCUUCCAUCUGUAUAUUUCUGUUUCUCCUCUUCCACUUUUUAUUUUAUUUACCUCAGAAAGCGUAUUGUUUGUUUUCAUCCAAGUCUUCCUUGACAGACCUGGUAUACGCCCACCCUUGAACUUCAUAAUGCUUUAGUGAGUGCAGUACAGUUUGCUUUUCUACAGGCAACUAAGAUCAAAUCUCUUCGGCCCCUUCGUAUGUUUCUGUUUGGUCGACACCAAGAUGUUGAGUUGUACAGUUGUUGCUUUCAUUUCUGGUGGAAGGGAACUGCUAUUUGCUGCCUGCCUGGUUUUGAGGAAGUCUCACUCCACUUUAUAAAAAGAUUGUGGUGCUUACUAAACCUCCCUGGAGGUGGACGUUGAUCAGUAUGGAUCAUUAAGGAUUGAACUGUUUUGGAGUUGUGAAGACGCCCCUUGUUUGGCCAGAACAGGGCUGCGUUCACAACCCCAGCAUGAUACAAAGAUAUUGUGGUGUAAAAUGUUAAUAACCUUGUUUUGUUGAUCUCUGCUGUAAAGCUAAUAUCCACCUAUUUGUAAAGCUGGCAGUGGAUUGUAUGUGAGAUUUGUAUCUUAUGUUCAUCUCUGUGUGAGAUGUUCUUCCAUAUUAAUUGGAAAUAGUUUAUUAAUGUGCUGUCAGGUCAGUCAGACACAAUGCAUGCUGUCUUUAUAACUACAAUUAUUAUGGGGGUUCUUCAAUAUCCUGGUCACAAAUGGCACUCUAUCCCCUAUAUAGUACACUACUGUUGACCAAGACCCAUAUAGCUCUGGUCAAAAGUAGUGCAUUAUAUAGGGAACAGGGAGCCAUUUGGGAUGUGUGAUAGGUGAUGUUAUUUUAACCCUACUUCUGCUCCUUAGUUUUCUGGCUCCUGCUUUACUCUCUCUGUGUGAGAAGGGGAGAGUGGAGAGGGAGAGUGGGGGGAGGGGGAUGGCGAGAGAAGGGGGAUGGGGGUAGAGGUGUGUGUGUGUGAGAGAGAGAGACUGCUUUUUGAAGUUUAACUGAAAUUUCCUGGAUGCCGAUUUAAGCCUAAUCCUGGAAUGAAAAGCUAUUUCAAUGUACAUUCUUCAGGACUAUGCUUAAUUGGUCUCCAGGAAACUGUCCCUAAGAGUUUGAACUCGAGGUCAUUAACCUAUUUUCAUGGUUUGAAAAGAGGCUAAGGUAAAUCCCCAGGGCAGUUGAUGCAGAGUACCAAUGGUCAUAGCCAGGGCCCGUAAAGCGUCUGAGUAGGAGUGCUGACCUGAGAUCAGUUUUACCUUUUUGAAUCAUAUGAAUAAGAUGUGUCAACUGAUCCUAGAUCAGCACUCCUAUACUGAGAUGCUUUAUGGAUUUAGUUUGGUCUUGUUCUUUCAGUAGAACAGGACGUCUCACAAGAAGGACUUUGUGACUGAACUGUGCAUCGUUCAUAAAAUAGUGUUUUACAUUUUCUGAGUGGGCAGUAGAAGUGGCAUUGUAAUCGGGGACUAGUAUUUUACUGACAUUUCAUUAUCUGUAAGAACUGACAGAUGCUCACAAAAACCUGUUUUGAUGUAUUUCAGCUUUGUAUAACAGACCGGUUUAGACCUAUGACCUGUGUUGAGGUUCCACAUUUUUAGCAAUGACUUCUCUUUCUCUUUUUAAAUGCUAUUAUUUCUUUCCUACAAGCUAUUUCCUCAAGUUGUGACAAGGGUACAACAUCAAAAUACGCCCACCUGAACAUUUAACAUGGAUCCGUGUGGUUUAAAAUGUAACUGUGGCUUCUAGCUUUCCUCGCUUCAGCUGCAGGGCGUAUCCUAAAUGGCUCCCUAUAUAGUGCAGGUCAAUAGUAGUGCAUUAUAUCGGGAAUAGGGUGCCAUUUGAGAAGCAUGGAGAGAUGUCACGUAGAACACUGAGACAACUCUGUUCUUACCGGUGUCCAACGAGAGCUCUUUCAAUAAAGAAUCAACUCCUGUUCGAAUCGAUCUGUACUUGUCACUCUGUGUGACGCCAAUGUCCAUUUUUAUUAGGUGACUCACAGUGAGUGAUGGACUGUGAGGUUUUACAAUAACUUCUAGAAAUUGCGUAGAUGAACUAUAUCAAAUGUAUUUUAUAAUGCACUUUUUACAUCAAAAUUUGUCACCAUGUGCUUUACUAAUACACAGCUGAAAACCCCAAAGAGCAAGCAAUGCAGAGACAGAAGCACAGUGGCUGGGAAAAACUCCCUAGAAAAUGCAGGAACCUAGGAAGAAAUCUAGAGAGGAACCAGGCUCUGAGAGGUGGCCAGUCCUCUUCUAGCUGUGCCGGGUAGACCAGAGGAACCAGGCUCUGAGAGGUGGCCAGUCCUCUUCUAGCUGUGCCGGGUAGACCAGAGGAACCAGGCUCUGAGAGGUGGCCAGUCCUCUUCUGGCUGUGCCGGGUAGACCAGAGGAACCAGGCUCUGAGGGGCGGCCAGGCCUCUUCUGGCUGUGCCGGGUAGACCAGAGGAACCAGGCUCUGAGGGGCGGCCAGGCCUCUUCUGGCUGUGCCGGGUAGACCAGAGGAACCAGGCUCUGAGGGGCGGCCAGUUCUCUUCUAGCUGUGCCGGGUAGACCAGAGGAACCAGGCUCUGAGGGGCGGCCAGUUCUCUUCUAGCUGUGCCGGGUAGACCAGAGGAACCAGGCUCUGAGAGGUGGCCAGUCUUCUUCUAGCUGUGCCGGGUAGACCAGAGGAACCAGGCUCUGAGGGGCGGCCAGGCCUCUUCUGGCUGUGCCGGGUAGACCAGAGGAACCAGGCUCUGAGGGGCGGCCAGUUCUCUUCUAGCUGUGCCGGGUGGAGGUUAUAAGAGUACAUGGCCACUAAAGCCAGAUCAUUCUUCAAGAUGUUCAAACAUUCAUAGAUGGUCAGAUAAUAGUACCAGUGGUUAUAGAGGGUGCGACAGGUCAGGAGUAAAAGUCAGUUGGCUUUUCAUAGCUGAGCAUUCAGAGGUCGAGACAGCAGGUGAGAGAGCGAAAUAGAGACAGAGGGAGUUGAAAUAGCAGGUCCGGGACAAGGUCAGGGUUCCAUAGCUGCAGGCAGAGCAGCCGUACAACCAGGUGGAAUGGGGUACAGCCAGGAGUCAUCGGGUCAGGUAGUCCUGAGGCAUGGUCCUCCGGGAGGGGAGAGAGAGCGAGACCACUCUUCUAGAUGUAUGUACUUUAGAGUUGUACAAUGACAGACCCCAAGCUUUUAAUUCCUGUAUUCAUGACCGGGUUUGAGCCCGAGUAGGCCUACAGUACAGCUUCGUGUUUUAUAGCAGUUUUGUAAUACUACUAAUGUCCAAUAGGUGGCAAUGUUGUUUUCCACUGUCUUGAAACAAUUGCAUUUGUGCUACCAUAGUAUCUAUUUAUCCUGCAUACUUUUCAGUAAUGCUGAAAACCCUACUGUAAAUGUUUAGUGCAUACUGGUACUUGCUAGGUCAAUGUGUUAGUAGCUUUAAUAAAAAUGGGAAUUGGAAACAGGAAAUUGCAAUCCUACUCAUGUUGAUUUUUACUUAAUUUGUUUUUGUUGGGGGGUGGGGUUAUUACAAUGUUAAUUCUACUGAGCCAUUUACUUUGUGUUGGUUUUCUUAUCUUUUCUUAUUUCUUAUUAUUGUUGCAUUGUUCAGAAGGAACCUGCAAGUUAACAUUUCGCUGGAUGAUGUAUACCAUGUCUAUCCUAUACAUACGACUAAUAAAACUCUAAGCUUGC